CGGAGAGCGAGCGCGCACUGGGGGAACAACACCGCGCGCGACCUGCUCUCAUUAUUAUUAUUAUUACUAUAGUUAAUAUAACGGUCUUGUCGGGAUGGACACAGCGCUGAGAGGAUUUAGAAACAGAAACUGAGAAAAGUUCAAAUAAAUUGGAGACGCUCCGGUGCAACCAGUGAACUGCAGAGAUUUCACGCAAACCCAGAUCAUCAGAGAUGCCCUGCGUGCAGGCUCAGUAUGGCACGUCCCCUCCUGGUGCCAGUCCUGCGUGUCAGAGCUACGGCUACAGCGAGUACAGCUGCGAUUUCCUCACGCCCGAGUUCGUCAAGUUCAGCAUGGACCUGACGAACGCGGAGCUCGCCGCCGCGUCCUCGUCGCUGCCCAGCUUCAGCACGUUCUCCGACUCAGCCGGCGGCGGCGGCGGAGGGGCAGCGAGCUACGAGGCCAAGCCUCCAUGCGUGUACCAGCUUCCCCACUGCGCCGAUCAUCUCCAGGUCAAGUCUGAGGAGGUUACGCACGUGGGUUACGCGCACCAGAGCCAGCAGCAGCAGCCGCCGCCGCAGCAGCCGCACGCCGAGGACCCCGCCGCGCCGUACUACAGUAAACCGUGCCACUCGGCGGGCUUCGCUCCGGCCUGGGACGACGCGUCGUCCUUGCACGCCUUCCACCCGGGCUACCUGAUGGAGCAGCAGCGCAAGAGCGCCGUGACGCGCUUCUUCUCGACGUUCAAGCCGGCCGCGUCGAGCGCGCAGGUCUCCGCGUGUCACAUGCGCUUCGACGGCGCCGCGCAGCACGGGUUCGCGCCGCUCAGGAAGCAGCAGCAGCAGCAGCAGCAUCAGCCUCAACACCACCACCACCACCACCACCACAGCCUGGGAUUCCCGCAUCACCACAGCCUGCACAUCAGUCACGGACGCGUCCUGAUGGAGAGCCCCGUGGCCUCAUCUUCGGCCUCUCCGUCCGCCGCGCGUGGCGCCGCGCACGCGGAGGGUCUGUGCGCGGUCUGCGGCGACAACGCGGCGUGUCAGCACUACGGAGUGCGCACGUGUGAAGGCUGCAAGGGGUUCUUCAAGCGCACGGUGCAGAAAAACGCCAAAUAUGUGUGUCUGGCGAACAAAAACUGCCCUGUCGACAAGCGGAGGAGGAACAGGUGCCAGUACUGCCGCUUUCAAAAGUGCCUCGUGGUCGGGAUGGUAAAAGAAGUUGUAAGAACGGACAGUCUAAAAGGUCGACGAGGACGUCUCCCAUCCAAACCCAAAGGCCCACAGGACGUCCCCACCUCCUUAUCACCUGCCAGUCUCCUGAGCGCUCUGGUGAGGGCACACAUGGACUCCAACCCCUCCGUAGGCCGCCUGGAUUAUUCCAAAUUUCAGCCCAACCCAGAUUACCACAGCGCCGGAGACGAGACCGUUCACAUCCAGCAGUUUUACGAUCUACUCAUGGGCUCCAUGAGCAUAAUCCGCGGCUGGGCAGAGAAGAUGCCUGGCUUCACCGAGCUCCCGAAAUGCGACCAGGACCUGCUGUUCGACUCUGCGUUCCUGGAGCUUUUUGCCUUGCGCUUGGCUUACAGAUCCAACCUGAUGGAAGACAAGCUGGUUUUCUGUAGCGGUGUCGUCUUGCACAGGCUACAGUGCGUGCGAGCUUUCGGCGAGUGGAUCGACUCAAUCGCAGAGUUCUCCUCCAGCCUCCAGAACAUGCGUAUAGACGUCCCGGCAUUCUCCUGCAUGGCUGCUCUUACAAUAAUCACAGAGCGGCACGGCCUCAAAGAGCCUAAAAAGACAGAGGAGCUUCAGAGCAAGAUUUUAACCUGCCUGAAGGACCACGUGGCCUGCAGCGGCCAUCUGUCAAAACUGCUGGCCAAGUUGCCCGAGCUGCGCACACUGUGCACGCAAGGACUUCAGCGCAUCUUUUACCUGAAGCUGGAAGACUUGGUUCCGACGCCCGCCAUCAUCGAGAAGCUCUUUCGUGACACAUUACCCUUCUGAACACAUGGAACGUUUUUCAGAGUUUUAUACGUUAUUAUUCGAAGCAAACGAGAUUUUCUUCCACGCUCUUUGGACUAAAAGCGUCAGACACGACAGCGCAAGAGCUAAGAGCAGAUCUAAGGAGUUGUUGUUUUUUGUCAGAGAAAGGAAAUCAUCCUGUUAAUCAUUUAUUUACACCUUAAGCUCAAAGAUGCCAUCAUCAUUACUCCAUAACUGCAUACCUUUCAUUAUAGCUUCACUGUACUCCGUAAUGUGCUUUAUAACAGAAUAAUAAGCUCGGAUUUGGGAUUUUAAGGGGUGGUUAAAUAAAAAGUAUCUGUAAUACAAUAAUGCAGUUCAAACAUAAUAUCUAAGCUAUUGUUAUGCAUCUAUGCAUUAUUUAAGGAGAGAGAGAGAUUGUAACAGACUUGUUUUGGAUUAUGCAGCAGAUCUGAUUAAUGUGACACAAUUAAAUAGUAAUGAUAAUUAAAUUUAAAAUAAAAUUUAAUCAAGAAUUAAUGUAGAGAUCACAAACACUUUGGUUUAGGAUUCUUCUGACUAUAUAAUGAAUACAGAACUUCCUAUACAUUAUUUGUUUUGGCAAACUAUUGUUACAAAUUGUUUUUUUUUUUCUUUUUUUGUGAUGCAA